ACACUGCUGGCUCAUAUUAAGUUGGCCCAGCUGGCACAUCUGAACCUGCCGUGAGACCUGCGUUGUCCCAGGCCUCAGACAGCAUCCCCGGUCUCUGUAAGAAAGGCUCCUUCGGCAUUAAGCCCCACUGAUUACCUUCAUUCCCUCAGCUCGCCUCUAGUGGGAGGGCACCGGGAUUCGGGCUGGGAUCCUCCGUUCCGUCAGGUGCGCACGGAGCCGCAGCGCUGUCAGAGCAGUGCGUGCCGGCAGGACGAAGCCCGGAGGUGCCGCCUCGGUGUCUUUCCCAGCUCUGACAGCUCCUCAGCCCUGGGCCCGUCCUCUCCUCCCCAGUUUCUCACAGCUAAAUAAACAGAUACCUCCUCAACGCUCUUUGCUCCCCUCCCGGAGCGGCUCCUGCUCGCACCGCGGCACUCCGCGCAGCCCUGCCGCCGCUUUCCUUUCUCCUCCGCUCCGCCCGGACGAUCUCUGCCGCCGCUGACGCGCAGCCCGCGCUCGUUACAGCGGGAGGCAUCGGGACACCGCCCGGCGGCGGACGGGCUGCGGGGAGAGCAGAGCGAAAAGUCACACGGGGAGCCGAGGCAGCGCUACGCGGCGGCCGAGCCGGCUGCUGUUCUGCGGCGGGGCAGCUUCGGGACGGCUCGGAGGGAAGCUCGGAGGGAAGCUCGGAGGGAAGCUCGGUGGCGCGGCUGGCAGCGGGCGGAACGCGGCCCCGCGGAGCGGCAGCGAUAGGCCGGUCCCUUCCGCCGCGCCGCGCUUCCGGGGCGAUCAGGUGACGGCGGCCGCGGGCGGGGAGCGGCUCCGCGGAUCGCCGAGAGCGCCGGAUUCCAACAGGAAAAUUUUCUUGCUCUUGUGUCUGGGGAGCUCCUCAGGAUGGCAAGUAAAGGACCUACAACUUCUGCAUCAACAAAGAGCUCCAGUACUGGAGGGACCAGUGGCAGCAGCAGCAGUAAUGGUGCUGGGGACAACACUAAUCAGGACAACACUUUUGAAUGUAACAUCUGUUUAGACACUGCCAAGGAUGCAGUUAUCAGCUUGUGUGGGCAUCUCUUCUGCUGGCCUUGUUUACACCAGUGGUUAGAAACCAGGCCAAACAGACAAGUGUGCCCUGUUUGCAAAGCAGGAAUCAGUCGAGAUAAAGUUAUUCCUCUGUAUGGAAGAGGCAGCACUGGGCAACAGGACCCCAGAGAGAAAACUCCACCACGACCCCAAGGACAGAGACCUGAACCAGAGAACAGAGGGGGAUUCCAAGGCUUUGGGUUUGGAGAUGGUGGCUUCCAAAUGUCAUUUGGAAUUGGGGCGUUUCCCUUUGGUAUAUUUGCCACAGCAUUCAACAUAAACGAUGGGCGACCUCCUCCAGCUGUUCCAGGGACUCCUCAAUAUGUGGAUGAGCAGUUCCUAUCCCGCCUCUUCCUGUUUGUGGCUCUGGUGAUUAUGUUCUGGCUGCUGAUUGCAUAAAUCGUUUCCAUUAUUCUGAAUACUCAUAGCCAGAAAGGCUACUGAAACAGUUACAAACUGCUUCCCAUCCCAUUUUAAACCUCUUGGUGUCUGGUUCCGUAGCUAAUCACGGGUUUCAGAAAUUGGUGAUACUGCAGCACAGUGAAGAAUCUCACAUUUUUUGCACCACAGUUGGAAAUUAAACAUUGGUUAAAACGUAUUUCAGCUCGGCUGUCUAGUACAACAGGUUCUGACCACAAACCCUGGGCCUAGCUUUGAGCUCUGCUCCUAAAAAGGAGUGCUGCUUUGAAAUCCUGUGCCAAUCAGUUACAACAGGUUAUGUGAAAGACAGUUGCCCCAAGGUAGACUGGACAGGUAAGGAAACUUCUGCAGCCCCAUCAGUAUCUCAUGCUUGGCAAACACGGUGGAUCUGCCAGCACUCUGGGUGUUACUCAGUUUCUUCAAUCAACAUCCUGCCUUCUUCAGGAAAUCACCUGCAGCACGGCUGAGACUCCUUGGGCACAGCAUGUGAUACAAAUGGAACCAGGUAUGGAGACUGGUUUCUUUUCUUGCUGUUGUUUCCCACAGCAAUGGAAAACUCCUGCCUGAAGCUGCUCUAAUGGCGAUUAGAAGAGCUACUGAUUUAUGCUGCAAUUUUUUUAAAGCCUGAAUUUGCUGGAGCCAGACACUGGAAGAUUCUCUGAUGAAGCUGGGUGAGGUUAUCGAGCAGUAGGACUUAUCUAUCUGCCUCACCCGGCCCAGUUCCUCACUGACAUAACAGUGUUGCCUUCCGUGGUUCUGUGCAGCAGCACUUACGGAUAAUCCCCUCCCAUCCCUGCCACUGCAGCUACAUUUCUUUCUCCCAGGGCUGUGAGACUUUCUACACAAGGUCGCAAAUAAAAUCCCAUUAACGACCUGAAGCUUGGGGAGAGGAACGAGGGCAUCUUCAAGUGAGAUUAGAGCUUAAAUAUGGUAUACUGUAAAAUCAUACGGGAGGAAAAAUGAGAUCCUGCACGUGCCACAGCGGGGAACACUUGGAAAAGCUUCUCUGUGCAGCCACGCAUGGCUACAGCACGGCACAGAACGGCUACAGUGCAAGUCUCGUCAAUAUCUACCAAAGACACGAAUGAGAAGUGCUGGAGGAGACCACAACCAUCUCUGUGCCGAGGGGAAAAUAUUUCUGCAGGUGAAACGUAGCCCGUUUGGAAUCGCGUUGGGUGUACAGCUUUAGAAGUAUUCCUGAUGUAUUUGUACAGAUUCCUUCAGAAGAGCAGACACGAGGGAUUUCCUAACGAGAUGAACAAUUUUGAUAUUUCUCUGACUAGACAACUCCAUUUCCUUUUUUUUUUUUUUUUUUUUCCCUUCUAUUGUUUUUAGAUCGUUUUGAUUCAGAUCACCGAUAGUCACGAUGAUUUCCUGCGAGAUGAACCUUGCGACUUCCCUCAUGGUAGACUUACAAACUGACAGAACAAAUCAAGUCUUAGAAACUUUGUUUCCAUAGUUAAGCUCGUUAACGUGUAUGGCUAAAGUUCCUGGGCGGGGCACCUCCAUGAGCUGUGCUGGUGGUUGGUGGAGGCGUAAGAUGCGGUGGGAGCCGUGCGGGAUGGAGGCGCGGUCGGCUCCCCUCCCGGCUGCGGCGGAGGCCGCGCAGGUGUCCCGCGGUGUUUGUGUCGUAUCGCCCCCCUCGUAUUCGGACUGCACACACACAGCCGGUGACGGCUCGUUCGGUGCGUUAUUACCGUUUACCGUUCACUAAUUUUCACUGUUGUGAAAGGUGAUUUAGAAUUAAAAAA